UCUCUCCCCCCACCCCCCGGCACAAAGCUGCCGCUCGGAUGCUGCGCUCCCCGUAAAACAGCGCACAGCGAGCGAGGGGUCUCCAACAUGUAGAUCCAAAAUCUCGCAUCAGCCAAUGCUGUGGCACCUUCCACAUAUUUAUUAACGGCAGCAACAAUAAACAACCACAACAAUAACAACAAAUGCCGCUGGGUUUACACAUUUAUUUAUUAAUCGAAGCAGUCAUUCUAAUAUGAUCUCUCCAUCGCUCAGUCUUUCCUCUGCAUAAGCGGAACUCAGCGCGGGCGACUGCACUAUUUUAGGGACCUGCAUUUUUUAUCAACUACCAACAAACGACAGAUACCGUGCCGGGGACCCUUCAUCGUUGGAACAUCCAACUAUUCAAAUCCUGUUGUUUAUUUUAUUUUCAUUUCAGAUAAAUAGGCUACUGGAUUUUUUUUCUCGCCACCCCGAUAACGUCCUUGGACCAUGGCCUGGUUCCAGGUGAUCAUAACACACAACUGUUCGAAACCCUGACCCCUGACCUUUGACCUGUGACCUCUUUCUCCCUGACCUGCCCCCCAUCCCUCCUUCCAGUACCCGGAUGUCAGCCGUUCUCCUUUUCUCUGCUCCUCCCCCCUCCUCUGUCCAGCUAUCGAUGGAUUGGGACCACCCCCACACCUUUGUUUGAUGUGUGGGGGGGGGGACAAGGGAAAGAAAAGUUCGAUGAACAGUGAAAAGAGAAGGAAAGAGAGAGAAAGAGAAAGGAAAACCGGAGGAAGAAACAAAACCUAAACCCCAAAGAAACAGCGAUACGGUCUGACCGAAGCCGGAAGAGUGGAGGAAGAGGAGGAAACAGAGAAGUCCAAAAAGAUUCUCCUCCUGCCCCAUGUCCCCAAGAAAUAAUGUAAAAAAAAACUCAACGGGAAACAAAAUAGUUGUUGACAGAAAAUAAGCUAAGAAACCAGGAGAGAUUUCCACCAUGGGGGAUUUAACCAACAGUGCUGUGGAGUUCUGCCCCAAAAGCCAGAGAGGGGGCGGGGCUUCUGGUGCGGGGGCGGAGCCGAACCAUGGGGCGGCGUUCGGGGUCACCCUGGAUGAGCUGCGGGCGCUGAUGGAGCAGAGGGGCUCAGAGGCGCUGCAGAAGAUCCAGGAGACUUACGGCGACACGGCAGGGCUGUGCAGACACCUCCGGACUUCUCCCAGCGAGGGCCUGUCCGAUAACCCAGCAGACCUGGAGAAGCGGGGGGAGGUGUUUGGGCAGAACUUCAUCCCCCCGAAGCAGCCCAAGACCUUCCUGCAGCUGGUGUGGGAAGCCCUGCAGGACGUAACGCUCAUCAUCCUGGAGAUCGCUGCCAUCAUCUCCCUCGGGCUGUCCUUCUACCAGCCCCCAGGGGAGGAGAGCGAAGGCUGUGGGAAAGGAAGUGCAGGAGCCGAGGACGAGGGCGAGGCCGAGGCGGGGUGGAUCGAGGGCGCGGCCAUCCUGCUGUCCGUCAUCUGCGUCGUCCUGGUGACGGCCUUCAACGACUGGAGCAAGGAGAAGCAGUUCCGCGGGCUGCAGAGCCGCAUCGAGCAGGAGCAGCGCUUCACCGUGGUGCGCAACGGCAGCGUCAUCCAGAUCCCCGUGGCCGAGAUUGUGGUGGGAGACGUGGCGCAGGUCAAAUACGGCGACCUCCUGCCAGCAGAUGGCAUACUGAUCCAGGGAAACGACCUGAAGAUCGACGAGAGCUCGUUGACCGGAGAGUCUGACCACGUGCGCAAGUCUGCCGACAAGGACCCCAUGCUGCUGUCCGGCACGCACGUGAUGGAGGGCUCAGGGAAGAUGCUGGUCACUGCUGUAGGAGUGAACUCUCAGACCGGAAUCAUCUUCACCCUGCUGGGAGCCGGAGAGGGAGAAGAGGAGAAGAAGGAGAAGAAAGGAAAGCAGCAGGAUGGAUCAGUGGAAAACAGCCAGAACAAAGCCAAGAAGCAGGACGGGGCGGUUGCCAUGGAGAUGCAGCCGCUGAAGAGUGCAGAAGGUGGAGAGGUGGAGGAGAGAGAGAAGAAGAAAACAAACGUGCCCAAAAAGGAGAAGUCUGUGCUGCAGGGCAAACUCACCAAACUGGCCGUUCAGAUCGGGAAAGCAGGUCUGGUGAUGUCGGCCAUCACAGUGAUUAUCCUGGUGCUGUAUUUCGUGAUUGAGACCUUCGUGAUUGAAGGGCGUGUUUGGCUGACAGAGUGCACACCUGUGUAUGUGCAGUAUUUCGUCAAGUUCUUCAUCAUCGGUGUCACCGUGCUGGUGGUGGCUGUCCCUGAAGGUCUUCCUCUGGCAGUUACCAUCUCUCUGGCCUACUCUGUAAAGAAAAUGAUGAAGGACAACAACCUGGUGAGGCACCUGGACGCCUGCGAGACCAUGGGCAACGCCACGGCCAUCUGCUCCGACAAGACGGGCACCCUCACCACCAACCGCAUGACGGUGGUGCAGACGUACCUGGGCGACCAGCACUUCCGCGAGGUGCCCGACGCCGGCCAGGUCAACGCCAAGAUCCUGGAGCUGCUCGUCAGCGCCAUCGCCGUCAACAGCGCCUACACCUCCAAGAUCAUGCCCCCGGAGAAAGAGGGCGGUUUGCCCAAGCAGGUGGGCAACAAGACGGAGUGUUCCCUGCUGGGCUUCGUGCUCGACCUGGGGAGGGACUACGCGACCGUCAGGGAGCAGAUCCCCGAGGAGAAGCUGUACAAGGUCUACACCUUCAACUCCGUCCGCAAGUCCAUGAGCACCGUGCUGCAGCUGCCCGACCGGUCCUUCCGCCUCUACAGCAAGGGCGCCUCUGAGAUCCUGCUGAAGAAGUGCUCCUCCAUCUUGGCAUCCGGCGGCGAGCCUCGCGGCUUCCGGAACCGGGACCGAGAGGAGAUGGUGAAGAAGGUGAUCGAGCCCAUGGCGUGCGACGGCCUGCGGACCAUCUGCAUCGCGUACCGCGACCUCCCCGCCUGCCCCGAGCCCGACUGGGAGAACGAGGCCGAGAUCGUCAGCGACCUCAUCUGCAUCACCGUGGUCGGCAUAGAGGACCCCGUUCGGCCAGAGGUCCCGGAGGCCAUUCGGAAAUGCCAACGGGCAGGAAUCACCGUGCGCAUGGUCACAGGGGACAACAUCAACACGGCACGCGCCAUCGCCGCCAAGUGCGGCAUCAUACAGCCGGGAGACGACUUCCUGUGUCUGGAGGGGAAGGACUUCAACCGACGAAUCAGGAACGAGAAAGGAGAGAUCGAGCAGGAGAGGAUCGAUAAGAUCUGGCCCAAACUGCGAGUCCUGGCCCGAUCUUCCCCCACAGACAAGCACACCCUGGUGAAAGGCAUCAUCGACAGCACCAUCGUGGAGCAGCGCCAGGUGGUGGCAGUGACGGGAGACGGGACCAACGACGGACCGGCGUUGAAGAAGGCCGAUGUCGGCUUUGCCAUGGGCAUUGCAGGCACAGAUGUAGCGAAGGAGGCGUCUGACAUCAUCCUGACAGAUGAUAAUUUCUCCAGCAUUGUGAAGGCGGUGAUGUGGGGGAGGAACGUGUACGACAGCAUUUCCAAGUUCCUGCAGUUCCAGCUCACAGUCAACGUGGUGGCCGUGAUCGUGGCCUUCACCGGAGCCUGCAUCACGCAGGACUCCCCUCUGAAGGCGGUGCAGAUGCUGUGGGUGAACCUGAUCAUGGACACCUUCGCCUCUCUGGCUCUGGCCACAGAGCCGCCCACAGAGUCUCUGCUGCUGAGGAAGCCCUACGGCCGCAACAACCCCCUCAUCUCCCUCACCAUGAUGAAGAACAUCCUGGGCCACGCCGUCUACCAGCUCAUCAUCAUCUUCACCCUGCUGUUCGUGGGAGAGAAGAUCUUCGACAUCGACAGCGGACGCAACGCCCCUCUUCACUCCCCGCCCUCCGAGCACUACACCAUCAUCUUCAACACCUUCGUCCUCAUGCAGCUCUUCAACGAGAUCAACGCCCGCAAGAUCCACGGCGAGCGCAACGUCUUCGACGGGAUCUUCUCUAACCCCAUAUUCUGCUCCAUAGUGCUGGGGACCCUGAUUGUGCAGAUUGUGAUUGUCCAGUUUGGAGGGAAGCCUUUCAGCUGUGCUCCUCUCAGUAUGGCUCAGUGGCUCUGGUGUUUGUUUGUGGCCGUGGGAGAGCUGCUGUGGGGACAGGUGAUCUCCACGGUGCCUACCAGCCACCUGAAAUGCCUGAAGGAGGCGGGGCAUGGGCCGGGCCAGGACGUGAUGACGGACGAGGAGAUGGCUGAGGAUGAGGAGGAAAUCGACCACGCUGAGAGGGAGCUUCGCCGGGGCCAGAUUCUCUGGUUCAGGGGCCUCAACCGCAUCCAGACGCAGAUGGAGGUAGUGAGUACCUUCAAGAGAAGCGGUUCGUUUCAGGGUGCCGUGCGUCGCCGCUCCUCGCUUCUCAGCCAGAUCCAUGACGUAACCAAUAUUUCCACCCCCACUCACAUGCGGGUGGUGAAAGCCUUCCGUAGCUCUCUGUACGACGGCAUGGAGAAGCCCGAAUCCAAGAACUCCAUCCACGACUUCAUGGCGUACCCCGAGUUUCUCAUCAACGACAUCAUUCACAACAUCCCCCUGAUCGACGACACCGAUGUGGACGAGGAAUCGGAACUGUCCAAGCACAACCACAUCCACCUCGCCCUCCGCCACCCCCCGCACCCCCAGCCCCAGCCCCCGCCACCACAGCCCCCGCAGCCCUCGCAGCGCACUCGAGCCCCGCCCCGCCCGUACCGCCAGUACAGCCUUCCCCUCACCCCCAACCGCAACAACAACGCCAUCGACAGUGGCGUGUUCCUCACUCCUACAGACACCAGUAAGUCCCCUUCCUCCAGCCCCGGUACCCCAGUCCACAGCCUGGAGACCUCUCUAUAACUGCGCUGACCUGCGCAUGCGCAGCCUGGAGACCUCUCUAUGACUGCCCAUGCACAGCCUGCAGACCUCUCUAUGACUGCCCAUGCACAGCCUGCAGACCUCUCUAUGACUGCCCAUGCACAGCCUGGAGACCUCUCUGUGACUGUGCAGACCUGCGCAUGCACAGCCUGGAAACCUCUCUGACUGCGCAGACCUGCUCAUGCACAGCCUGAAGACCUCUCUGUGACUGCGCAGACCUGCGUACGCACAGCCUGGAGACCUCUCUGUUACUGUGCAGAUCUGCGCAUGAACAGCCUGGAGACCUGUCUAUGACUGCUCAGACCUGCAUAUGCGCAGCCUGGAGACCUCUCUGUGACUGCGCAGAUCUGCGCAUGCACAGCCUGGAGACCUCUCUGUGACUGUGCAGACCUGUGCAUGCAGAGCCUGGAGACCUCUCUGUGAAUGGGCAGACCUGUGCAUGCAGAGCCUGGAGACCUCUCUAUGACUGCGGAGACCUGCGCAUGCACAGCCUGGAGACCUCUAUGACUGUGCAUACCUGCGCAUGCACAGCUUGGUGAUCUGUCUAUGACUGCGCAGACCUGCGCAUGCACAGCCUGGGGACCACUAUGACUGCGCAGACCUGCGCAUGCACAGCCUGGAGACCUCUAUGACUGCGCAGACCUGUGCAUGCACAGCCUGGAGAUCUGUCUAUGACUGCGCAGACCUGCGCAUGCACAGCCUGCAGAGCUCUCUAUGACUGUGCACACACAGAUUAUAUAACUGCGCGUAUGUAGAAUAGAGAACUCUAUGACUGCACAUGCACAGAACAGGAACCCUUCUGUAAUGGACGUUACACACCAUGGACAUCUUGAACUGCAAUUGAACACCAUUUUGAGGCACCAGUCUGUGUAUGAGGGCACUUGGAGACCUCCCUGUAAGUGUAAACACCAGGCACAUAGGGACCUCUCUAUGACUGAUUCCACCAAGCGGAGCUCUCUUUUCAGCUGCAAUGCCACAUGGCAGUGCCCUCUCGAACCGGUGCCACUCAUUCCAGAGGCUUCUCUGUAACUUUGGGGUGGGGGUGGGGGGGGGUUGAAGUGUGGGUGGAGCACAAAGGACAUGGAUGUACCGGAGAAUGACAUGGAAGAGGAGAAAGAAAAGAAAGGGAGGGGGGAGAAAGAGCUGAAGAUGAAGAAGAAGAAACAGCUCCAGUUGGUGACUUCGUCUGAAGUCUCAAACAAUCUUCCCCCUUCCACCCCCUCGCCCAUCAGCACCACUCUACUCCCCUCCCCGUUCUUCAGCCGCAUGGCCAUACAACCCCACCUUCAGCCCCCCCCCCCCUCUCCGAGAGACUGCUCUGGCCCUUGAUGGGGGCUUAAUCUGACAUGGUGAACUUUUGGAUGAGCAACACAGAGCAGCGUUUAAAGAAAAAGCAGGAAUGGACUAGAAUUGGACCGAAUUUGGACUGGAUUUGGACUUCUGACUUCAAUAAUGACAGACCUGGUAGAUAUAUAAUGGGGUCAAUUCAUUCUGCUAUUUAUUGAUAUUAUUAUUCAUAUUAUUAUUAUUCUCGUUGUUGUUCAGAUUAUUAUUACGGUUAUUCCUGCUAUAUUUACUGCGACAACUAUAACUAUAUUGCAGUUACCAAUGCUUUAAGGAUAAGCUUAAUCUGUCCACUUUUUUCAUUUCUGAAUUUGUUUUUUCCGUUAUUUCUGGUAUUUCUCUGUUUCCACGUCCUUUCCUCUCUCUUUCUGUGUGUUCGUCUUUGUGUAUGUCCUGAAAAACAGACAAAAAGAAACAAAAAAAACGUACAGUAAAAAAACGAACAAGGAAACAAUAAAAUUAAAUAUAAUAGUAAUAAUAUAGUGUGUCAGCUAAAACCAAUUUUAUUUAAAAAAGAAAAAUAAUUAAACAGACAUCACCGUUCAGCUUACUGCUUUAAUCCAGCUUUUCCAUCUCAUUGACUCAUUUGGUCAUUUGUUUUUACCUCUUGUAAGUUUGGCCGGAAAAGCAGUAAUCAUUUAGGGUUACUUUGAAGCCAAUGUCAUUCAGAAAUAUUCAUUGAAGUGCUGUUCCUACGUCUGAAAAAUGUACUUGUAUAUAUAUAAUUUUAAUUAAUUAAUUAAUUGGUUGAUUGAUUGAUUGAUUGAUUAAUUAAUUAAUUACAAUUUAUUAAUUGUAUUUAUUUAUUUAUUUAUUUAUUUAUUUAUUUAUAAGAAUGGAAAAGGUUUAAACAAUGUAAGCAACUUGUCCCUGUCGAUCACUGUGUAGAACUCAGAUGUAUAAAAGCCAGUGCUUUGCACUUCUAACAUGGAUACAACCAUCUCUCAGCAAGUUUACUGCAGCCUGCACAGAACCAAACAUUUAAACGAAGGGAAGCCAAUGGUUCACUACGAAAUGCCAAGAGGCUGAGGCUGAGGUUGGAGGACGAUGAGGUUUUGUUCUGUUUUUUUUUUUCAGAUGGUGUAAGCUUAUCUGUGUUUUUCUUCAGCAUGUGCUCAGAAUCCCAGACUCACAUUCGAACCCGUGUUCCUACGUGUAAAAACAAGCUGCCGCCCAACAUCAGGAGAUAGCAAAAAACAGCAGUUUACAGAUGUUUUUUUAGGAAUGUUGGGAAAGGCUAUUGGCUGCAACUGCAGCCAACAGCACGUUACACCUAUCACUGCAUUACAGGACUACUACCCACAAGGCCGUGCUACGAUCUGCCAUGUGAAAUAGACUUUAAAUGUACAUAUAACAUACGCUCUCUCUUUGUCUGUUGUAAAAUACUUCCCCUGGUUUUAUGGUAAGUUCCUGUAAAUCAAGACAUUGAAGGAGAAUAAUUCAGGUCCUGGCUGGAUUUAUUAUAAUACUGCACUAUUUAAUGCUAAGCGAAGCAUGCGUUUAUUAACAUUCAGCUCCAUGAUAGCAUUGCUUGACAUAUCCUUGUCUACGGAUAGUUCGGUGUCACUUUCUCUCUCUUAACAUAAGCAGUAGAGAUUUUUACCCUCCACAUAUUAGCACUGUGUAUUGUAUUGUUGUAUGUCAAUGUUUCUGUCACCAUCAUAUCCACUUCCAGAGCUUGUAUUAUCCCCACUACCGCGUCUCCACCCCCCCCGGAGUCCUGCUGUAGCCCACCUCGCCACUCCCCCGUAGAGCGCUCAGUCUGUGGCCGCAGAAGCACAGCGUCCUUCGCUUCCGGUUACCGGCUCGAUCGGGCGCUUCGUUUCACUGUUCCCGCACGGCGGUUCGAGUUCGUUUCCGGCGACUGCUGAGCUCGUAAGAAUGCGUAAGGAUAAAAACGAAAUGAAAUAAAAAAAACAGUGACACCUGCUUAAGCUUGUUUACUGAAGUCGAGGACACUGCGCUCAUGGUGGUUAGACUGAAUGCCCCUCCCCCUCAGUUUGAUAUUUUCACUGGAAAAUGUUUUGUGUGUUUCAAGACUAUAAUCCUCAUAUGCGUAAACGAUGCAGACAAUCCUGUUACUGAUUGAUUUGUGAAAUGUUGCUUUCACACAUAUUUCACUGAUUUCAGCAGACACAUUUGAAUAAAGGCUGAUACUGAAUCCA